UAUUAUUAUAUUGUAAUAUUGUUGUAAACUAAAAGUACCUACAUAAGACAUAGAUAAAGAAAGUAGGUGUAAUAUUGGUUAAUAUCUCGUCAAUAGUAAGUAAUUUUACACUACUGUAAAAUGUCUACAAGAAAAACCCUCAAGGAUUUUGGACUGGGAUUUAAUUCAGAGGGGCAGCUCAAGUAUUUGGACAGAGAUGGCAAUCCAACUAUCCAUUAUAACGCAAAUUCCUACUCCGAGGAGAUUUCAUCCGCCUUGUUCGCCCACAUGUCUGAACUGCUACAGAGCGAAAUCAAGCUUAUCAAGUUGGGCGUACCGGAGGGUGCUUGGGACAAAACAGGAACGUGUGUGUUCGCUUCAAAAGAUUAUGAGAGCAAAAAAACUUUGCUACUUUUUGUGUGCUCAUGGGCAGGCUUCUGGAACUGGUGGCACUCAAAAACUCACUUUUACGAGGGCACCCAACUAUCAUACAUAAAGAAAGCUUUAGAUAAAGACUAUGGAGUCAUAAUUACAAAUUGUGGUGUCAAUUACCUGUCAUACUGUCGCAAGAAGAUCCCUAACAGCGGAACACCAGAAGAGCAUGUGGUUUAUGUGUGGAACCAGUACGUGGCACGAGCCAGGGCAUCGUCUGUCGUCAUCAUAUCAUAUUUCCAUGAAGCUCAAUAUGUGGGGGCCCUGUACCAUGGAGUGAGGAAGAGCUUUGAGAAGAGGGUGAGAGCGGUUGCGUUGCUCGCUCCUACAGACUACAAGAGGAUGUGGUUAGUGCCGCCGCCACACAGUGUACAUACUAGUUUUAUGAGACGAGUCGGACGACAGUGGGUUCUUUCUUCAUCGCGCAAACUGGAUUUGCCGUUAGAAACACCCAGAGGGGAAAUUAGGAGAGUAAGCUCAGGUUGUAGAUCGGCAAUGGAAGCGCCUAAAGCUUGUGAAGACUCCGUUUUCAAGUUUAUUGAUAAAAAACUCAAGAAGUACUACUCCAAAUAUCCAUGCAUUGAGAUGGAGCCCCCGCCGCCUCUCCUCUCGCCUCAUACCAAGAGAAAAAGCAAGAGUAGAACCAAGGCCAAGUAUGACCUCGUCAAAGAAUACACCUACGAUUCUGGGUGAUGUUUUGUAGUGGAUAAACGUGAAAUGUGUAAAAGUGCUUUUUACGAAUUUAAAUCUGGGAUAGACAAAUAUUUAUGUACUUAAAUAUCUAUCCUGUGACAACAUAAUUAAUUUAAACAUUCAUCUUUCAAUAC